GACAAUCGAAAUCUGCGAUGCUGUGACACAGUUCAGCAACACAUAUUUAUGGAUCCUUUUUGCCAUCGGAGUUCCUGGUAACGUACUGACAAUUAUAACGACCUUAUCCAUGCAGGCCUUGAGUCCAGCAACCUUCUUUAUUGCCCUGUUGGCUUUCUUCGACGGUUCAGCUUUAGUUGUUAAACUGAUUUUCCAGCAACUUUAUAGGUACGAAGUCCAAAUUGGAAAUGUAGGCUGCAAGAUGGAGUUUCUCACCAUGUACCUGGCAACAGUGGCCAACUGGAUGCUGGUGUUGAUAUGCGCUGAGCGGUUUAUCUCCGUGUGCUACCCACUCAAGAAAAUCUCAGUGUUCACUAAAAAACGAGGCUACAUCUGUGCAGCUACUGUAGCCGCAUUCUUUCUGUGUUUUUACGGCAUCUUGUUUGUGGUAAUGCGAGAUAAGGGUCCUGGUAUGACGUGUGGUACAAACAAUAACUUCUUGUCCUUCUGGGCAACUUACUGGUACUGGCUCAACGCCGCCAUGUUUCUCUUUAUUCCCUUUAUAAUUAUCUUAGUUUUUACAGGCGGAAUUAUUAGGGGGCUGUACCUUUCUCGCCGUGAUCGCCGAUUUCUGAUGCAAAAAGGAAGUGGGCGGGACACCGGAAAUGAAUGUGCCACCGGAAACAACCAGCGAUUGGUUGCUGAAUCGGAAAGGAUAGAAAGGGCGAUAACUAUAAUGAUGAUCCUGGCAGCGGUGCUGUUCGUAGCGUUUGCCCUGCCUGCCUGUGUGUUCCGAUUGUUAAGUGAUCCUAAAUUUAGGGGUGACUGUGACACAAUUGCCAACGCCUACUGGGCCAUGUUUGAACAAGUUCAGUUCCUGCUAGUAGAUCUUACCCAUGUCUUGAAUUUUUUUAUGUACUUCUUUGCUGUACGUCGUUUUCGCAGUCAGCUGUUUAAGUUGUUGCGAUGCAAGACUUGUAAGAAAGUAAAGUACCAGCACACGAUUUCGUCUCAACUCAGCUCGUCCACGAAAGCCAACAGCACGGUUUGCCUUCAGCACAUACAUUGA